AUGGCAGUUUUUUUUCCUGGUUGGUACAAAUGCAAUACUGAUGGAGCCUCAAAAGGAAAUCCUUGUCCUAGCUCAUUAGGCUUUUGUGUGAGGAAUGAUGAGGGUGAUGCGGUGUAUGCAAAGGCAGUAUACCUGGGGGUGACAACUAAUGUGGUGGUUGAAUCUAAGGCUAUUCUUCAAGGUUUGGAAUACUGUGUGGAGCAUGAUCUUCACCCUCUCAUAUUGGAGACUGAUUCAUUAGUGAUGAAGAAAGUGAUAGAAGGGGAAUUGGAUCCUCCUUGGCUAAUUGCAAAUGAUGUGAAGAAAAUUAUAGAGAUGAAGGAAAACUUCCAAGUACAUCUGAGUUUCACUCAUUCUCUGGAGUGCCUAGUGCAGGGAGGAGGUUGA